CGGGCGCGCCAUGGCGACCGGGAGCGUGGCCGAGUGCCUGCAGCAGGAGACCACCUGCCCCGUGUGCCUGCAGUACUUCGCCGAGCCCAUGAUGCUCGACUGCGGCCACAACAUCUGUUGCGCGUGCCUGGCCCGCUGCUGGGGCGCGGCGGAGACCAACGUGUCGUGCCCGCAGUGCCGGGAGCCCUUCCCGCAGCGGCACAUGCGGCCCAACCGGCACCUGGCCAACGUGACCCAGCUGGUGAGGCAGCUGCGCUCGGAGCGGCCGUCGGGGCCGGGCGGCGAGGUGGGCGUGUGCGAGAAGCACCGUGAGCCGCUGAAGCUGUACUGCGAGGAGGACCAGAUGCCCAUCUGCGUGGUGUGCGACCGCUCGCGCGAGCACCGCGGCCACAGCGUGCUCCCGCUGGAGGAGGCGGUGGAGGGCUUCAAGGAACAGAUCCAGAACCAGCUGGACCACCUGAAGAGAGUGAAAGACUUGAAGAAGAGACGCCGUGCACAGGGGGAGCAGGCCCGGGCAGAGCUCUUGAGCCUGACCCAGAUGGAGAGGGAGAAGAUCGUCUGGGAGUUCGAGCAGUUGUAUCACUCCCUGAAGGAGCACGAGUACCGGCUCCUGGCACGGCUGGAGGAGCUGGACCUGGCCAUCUACAACAGCAUCAACGGUGCCAUCGCCCAGUUCUCCUGCAACAUCUCGCACCUCAGCAGCCUGAUCGCCCAGCUGGAGGGGAAGCAGCAACAGCCCACCCGGGAGCUCCUGCAGGAUAUCGGGGACACCCUGAGCAGGGCUGAAAGAAUUAGGAUCCCUGAGCCCUGGAUCACGCCUCCAGAUCUGCAAGAGAAAAUCCACAUUUUUGCCCAAAAAUGUCUGUUCUUGACGGAGAGUCUGAAGCAGUUCACAGAAAAGAUGCAGUCGGAUAUGGAGAAAAUCCAAGAACUGAGGGAGGCUCAGUUAUACUCAGUGGACGUGACUCUGGACCCGGACACGGCCUACCCCAGCCUGGUCCUCUCUGACAACCUGCGACAGGUGCGCUACAGCUUCCUGCAGCAGGACCUGCCCGACAACCCCGAGCGCUUCAACCUGUUCCCCUGCGUGCUGGGCUCUCCGUGCUUCGUGGCCGGCAGGCACUACUGGGAGGUGGAGGUGGGCGACAAGGCCAAGUGGACCAUCGGCGUGUGUGAGGACUCGGUGUGCAGGAAGGGCGGGGUGACCUCGGCCCCCCAGAACGGAUUCUGGGCAGUGUCGCUGUGGUACGGAAAGGAGUACUGGGCGCUCACGUCCCCGAUGACGGCCCUGCCCCUGCGCACCCCUCUCCAGCGGGUGGGGAUCUUCCUGGACUACGACGCCGGCGAGGUCUCCUUCUACAAUGUGACGGAGCGGUGUCACACUUUCACCUUCUCUCAUGCCACCUUCUGUGGGCCGGUGCGGCCCUACUUCAGCCUGAGCUACUCGGGUGGGAAGAGCGCAGCCCCCCUCGUCAUCUGCCCCAUGAGUGGCAUCGAUGGGUUUUCUGGCCAGGUGGGCAAUCAAGGUCAUUCUAUGGAGACCUCCCCUUGAAGGCCGGGGCCCAGGGCUGUUGGCCACCUUGUCUGUCACAAGUGGACGUCCUUCCUGCUCCCUGCCCAGCAGUGGGAGACGGUGUCCCGCUCAAUGCACAUCCAGCUGUCACACGCGCUCCGAGCUGGUGCCUCUCCCUUCGCCAAGGCGUCAGGUGUCUUGGAGCAUAGCCGUGUCCCCGCAGGUGCCCACUCCUUGGCUUGGCCGUCUCUGGAGAUGAAGACUGGUACUCUGGUCUGGGGAGCUUGGCUCAGCCCAGCCAGCCCCGGCCAGACCUCUUGUGAACAUGGGUGUCCUUUCCCACCAGGAUCCUUGCCCAGGACCGGAGGGGGAGGUCGGUUCCUGCCAGGUGGCCCCAGUGCCAGCGCCGCCCUCCUGGAAUAGCCUGUGUUCUGAUCCUGUCUGCCACAUUUUCCUAACUGGCGAAGAGGCUGCGUGUCUGGUCAGUUG